AGGGCGGGGCGCAGAGAGGAUAUAAAACCAGAAGAAAACAGCGACGGAGGAGCAGGAGCUGCCGCUGAGCUAGAAGCUCAAUAUUAGAUAUUUAGGCAACAGAACCGAACUUCCUGGCAGUUCCGAACCUAAACCGGACCUAUCGAGCGGGAAACACCAGGACGCUUCAGACGGGUUCUCCUAAAAAGUUCUGGACCGUUAAAAUCUGACGAGUUCCGCGAUUAAGGAUGGAUUUUAUGUUCUUCAACUGAUUAAAAGGGAGGAAAAUGUUUGAGAAAAGACCAGCGGAUCCGCAUGUGGAGGAGAAGGUGGACGGAAAAGAUGGGAAGGAGCCCUUCAGCAAACAGUACCGCUGCGGCCCGCUGCUCGGCAGCGGCGGGUUCGGUUCCGUGUUUUCGGGUCACAGAAUCUCAGAUGGACUCCAGGUCGCCAUCAAGCAGAUCUCCAGUGACAGAGUCCAGCAGUGGGCCAGACUGCCCGGUGAGCUCAGCCCGGUUCCCAUGGAGAUCGCUCUGCUCCAGCGGCUCUCUGAGGUCGGGGGUCACGGCGGCGUGAUCCAGAUGCUUGACUGGUUCGAGGUGGAGGGGCGGGGCUUCCUGCUGGUGAUGGAGCGCCCGCCGCAGUGCCAGGAUCUGUUUGACUUCAUCACGGAGCGAGGGGCGCUGCCGGAGCGCCUGGCUCUCAGGUUCUUCAGGCAGAUCGUAGAGACGCUAAAGUUCGUCCAUUCUCAGGGAGUGGUCCACAGAGACAUUAAGGACGAGAACAUUGUGGUGGACACCAGGACGCUGGAGGUGAAGAUCAUCGACUUCGGGUCCGGGGCGCUGCUGAAGGACUCGGCGUACGACGAGUUUGAAGGUACGCGGGUCUACAGCCCCCCAGAGUGGGUCCAAAGCCGGACGUACCACGCCGUCCCGCUCACCGUCUGGUCGCUGGGCGUGCUGCUCUUCGACAUGGUCUGCGGCGACAUCCCGUUCGAGCGCGACCAGGAGAUAGUCGGGGCCGCGCCCUUCUUCACGCGCCGCGUCUCUAAAGAAUGCCAAGCUCUGAUUCGCUGGUGUCUCUCUUUCCGUCCUGAGGACCGUCCGUCCCUGGAGGACAUCCUGUCUCACGCUUGGAUGGAGGGAAGAGAGGAGGAGGAGGAGGAAGAUGGCGACACGCUGCCCAGCCCGUCGCUGUGAAUCCAAGUCGGAUCAAAGCCACGAAUAAAGUCACUUUACCUCCACUGAGAUGCUCCUCAUCAGCGAUGAAGAGUUUUUAUUUAUUGAUUAUUUAUUAGUUUCUGAUCAGUUCGACGUCCUGCUGGACGGGAUCGGCAGAGCGAAGCUGGGAACUGAUGAAGAGGAGGGAGCGCCGAACUGUUGGCUCCUUCCUCCUGACCCGCUGCAGGAUCUUUGCCAUGUUUGUUGUUGUUUUGGACUCAUUAAAUCUCAGCUUGUUGGUUGAGAUGAGUUUUGGGAAAACUGUGAAAACCUCGUUGCUUCGCCUCAGACGUUCCGUUUCAUCACUUCCUGGUAAAAGUUGCCAGGAACUAUGUUCGGUCCGAAGGCACGGCAGUAAAUACGUUCGUAUUUCUUCAAAGUGGCUUCGCCGCCAUUUGGUUCUGUUUAUUUACAUUAAAUAAAAAGUUCUGGAUCGAUGACGCAAAGAUCCGAUGUUUGAAUAAAAAAACUGCUGGACACUGA